AUGCAAUUCAAAACCUCAUAUACCAAGCACUUUGCCGAAUCCGAAUACCAGUUACAAAUCCUCACGAUUAGAGGUCCUAAACGAGACACCAUUGACUUAUCUUUAUACAAAACGAGAUUAAAUCACAAAAAACCGCUUAAUAACACCCCCAACAUUUUAGCGAGAUGA